CCAAGUAACUAAUGCUCAUCACUUUACAGCUCUAAUUAUCUCUCUGCUACAAAUGGCCUCUGCUUCAUCCUCAGCACCACACUUACCACCCUUUAUAUCCAUACAAAAACCACGUACAAUAUUCAGUUCUAUUAUUCCUUGCAAUCCCGAGGUUUUUCAUCACCAUGGUUCAUUUCAAGAUUGUUCCACUGCCAAAUUUUCACACUGUAAAAGCCAAGGCUACCCCAAUUAAGCGAAACACCAAACCAAAUAGUGUGAUAUGUGGUGAUCGCGAUGGAAAUGGUGCUGUCGUUUGCUCUCAGUGCAAAGGUAGUGGAGUGAACGCUGUUGAUUUCUUCAAUGGAGAAUUUAAAGCCGGAGAUUCCUGUUGGCUUUGCGGAGGUAAAAAGCAGAUGUUAUGUGGGAAUUGCAAUGGCGCUGGCUUCAUUGGGGGCUUUAUGAGCACUGAUGAUCAGUAGGAUUGCCUUUACCAUGAUGCAUGUAUGUAUGUAUGUAUGUAUGUAUGUAUUAUCUUAUGAAUUUGAUGCUUGAUCAACCCAUAUCAUAUCCAUUUAUUAUGGUUCGAUGUAGACAAGGCUAUCACCAUUUAUGGCUAUUACC